AUGACGAAGCUAUCAGUACCAGAUUUCUAUCGUCGCGCCGACCAGACAUAUGCCGACAUCAUUGCUGCGAGAAAAGAAUCCCGAGAGCGGUCGACAAAGUCCCCGAAUGAUGCCCCUACAGACGGUCGCGAGAGACGUAAGCGCAGACGGCCGUCGCACGAAGACGAUUCGUCCCUGGAGGGAGAUGGCCCAGCGUCAAAAACUCCUGAGCGUCGUUGGAUGAAGAUCGAUCAACAUCAGCAGUCUCCGGAGGUAGAAACUCACAGAGUCUCGAGCGCGGACAAUGUAGCCGGUUCAGCGACCCCAGGAGCAUCUCCAUCACCCGAUAAUUUUAGCGAUGUCAUUGUUUCGGAUACCACGAACGCGAAAAAGGGUUUCUCAAACGGCAGCGCUGAUGGGACCCAUGGUGGGCCCGAUUCAACAGCAAUUGACAAACCUGUACCGCUGUCCCGCCAGGAAAGCGCGAGCAAGAGUGAGAUUGCUUCUCAGGAUAGCACACCCUCGAAUAAUACACUUGACGACAUGGUCAUCGAGAUUCUCAUUACUUCAAAAAUCAAAGAUACGAAGCCACUUAUUGUUCAGCGAAAAAUGACCCAGUCAUUGAAAGAGGUUCGCCUGGUCUGGUGUAGUCGUCAAAACCUACCCAAGGAAUGUCAAUCCGCGGUGUAUCUGACAUGGAAGGGGAAGCGCUUGUUCGACGUGACCACCUGCAAGAGUUUGGGCAUCGGAGCGGGUAGCUUAACGGCAGACGACUAUCUACAAUAUGACGAAGGGAACAUGCGCAUCCAUAUGGAGGCCGCCACUGAUGAUCCUUCUCUACUACCCAUGGAGCGACAACAGUCUGUGGAUGAUUCCGAUUCCGCACAAGAAUCCUCGCAGCUCGAAGAUACUGGACAGCUGGGGUCACAGAGCAUUGUUUUGAAGUGCCCUGGAUAUGCAGAUCUCGGGAUAAAUACUUCCCCUAAUAUGAAGGUUUCUGAGGUAAUAUCUAUAUUUCGCAAAGCAAGGAAUAUCUUCGAAGGUCAGAAUGUGUACCUGACAUUCGACGGUGAUCGUCUGGAGCCGGAGAAUCGCCUCGAGGACUACGACAUCGCAGACGAUGAUCUUUUGGAUGUUAUUAUCAGGUGA